AUGUAUCAAGAGAACCAUGAGCUCAUUAGUGACACCAUUGCCGCUGACAUGGGUGGCACGAAGAUGCGCGGUAUCGAUGAUGCGCUAGCCAACAUUGACAGCUGGAGCCGAGAGCGCUGGGUGGAAGGCUGGAUACACAGGCUGUGCGUCCGCCCAGAGCCCAAGGGAGUCGUACUGAUCAUCGCCCCGUGGAACGUGCCUUGGCAGCUGCUUGUGCGACCAUUGGCGUCGGCCAUUACUGCGGGAAAUUUGGCUGUGCUGAAGCCAAGUGAGCUGAAUCCCAAGACGUCGCCACUGAUUGCAAAGCUGCUUCAUCAAUAUUUGGAUCGUGACUGCUUCAGGGUUAUUGAGGGCGCCGUGACAGAGACCACAGCGCUUCUGAACAACCGCUGGGACCAUAUCUUCUAUACAGGCAAUGGUGCCAUUGGGCGAGUUGUCAUGGCCGCGGCAGCCAAACAUCUGACUCCAGUGACCAUGGAGCUGGGUGGCAAGUCCCCGGUAAUUGUCGACGAAACUGCGAAGAUGGAUGUGACCUGCCGACGUAUAGCCUUCGCCAAGUGGAUGCUUUGUGGCCAGAUUUGCGUUGCUCCUGACUACGUGCUUGUCCACAGAAGCAAGGAAGAGGAGUUCAUCAGGACAGCUACGGUGAGGAUGGCAGGCAGCAUGAUCCCCUGUGUGCCUGCUUGGUCCCUGGCCCUGAAAUCUGCAGUGGACUUUGGCCACCUCGUCAACGAGCGCCACACCGAGCGAGUGGAAAAGCUCAUCAAAACCUGCGGCGGCGAAGUCGUCCAUGGGGGAGCUGAGGCUGGCCACCGAGCACAGUUGCAGCCUCGUUUGCACGCCUUGCUCAUCUUGGGAUUACACGGCGUUCGUCAUAGCGAGUGCUUCGUUCCUCCAACCAUUGUCAAGCAGCCCAAGCUGGAUGCUCCAAUCAUGCAGGAGGAAAUCUUCGGUCCAGUUCUGCCCGUCAUCCCCUACGACAGGUUUGAGGAUGCCUUGGAGAUGAUCAGGAAGCAGGAGAUCCCAUUGGCCUUUUACAUUUUCUCCGAAAGUUCUCGAAAUGUAGAGUUGGCCUUGAACACCAUCCAGAGCGGGGGCGCAGGCCAAAUUGAACGUCUCCUGUGUCGGGUCUACCCUGCCUGGCUUCCGGGGUACGGUCUUCCCAUUGCCCAAGGCAGGCAGUCCAUGCACAAAGCAGAGUUAACACGGCCAAAUGCAACAGUCUUGCGACAGGUUCCGGACCAUGGCGGAAUCCUCAAGCUUCGCAAGUGCGAAGCGGUCAUCAGCGAGGAUGCGCUGGUGCGAAUUUGCUGCUUUCUUCCUGCACGGCCGCUGCUGGACCUGGGAGCGACCUGCGGUGAAUUCCACCAGCGUGUAGAGCACUCUGUGGACCUGUGGAAGGCACUUUGCCAGUUCCUUCUGGGUGAAACCUCGCUGUUGCUACAUGAAAGCCACUGGGCAUCUUCGACCCAUGCGGCAUCGAUAGGUGACAAGGCUCGGUUUUACCAGCGGCUUUUUCGAGCUGCCUGGAGAUGUGAGGACUUUUGUUACGACCACCCGCUACGACAAAGCUUGCUGCGGUCUCUUUCUACGGCCGAAGGUGCGGCCGAGGCAGCACCAAGCGAUUCCAAGGAGCUACUGGGCCUGUCUGGUCACACAGCAGAAACGCUAGGCCCACUGGUGAUCCAGAUCGGCGGCAUGAAAAACGUGGUGGCUCCUGAUGAGCUCAUCAACGUUACCGUCAUCAACCUCCGCACAAAUACCAUCCGCCGACCCAGCCUCCAUCAGGAUUCCCUGAAGCCUCUCCAGCGUAUGCGCCAUGCUAGCUGCGUGGUGAAGCCAAAGCAUUUGCCCGCUUCCGCCUUUCCAAAUGCCGUGCUGGUUUUGGGCGGCCAUGAUGCUAACACCAGAGCUGCAAGGCUCGGGAUGCCGCGUCCAGCUUUGCAGAGACUUGUCUUCCUCCAAGUCAUGAGGGAAGAUGGUUCGCAGAUUCGGUGGUGCGAAAUGCAAGCUUUCGGGACCAUCCCGGAAUACAUGUACAACUUGACCUGCACGUCUUUCAAUGGGGGGCAGAAGGUUUGCGUAUUUGGAGGAGACAUCCCCACCUCAGACGAUGAGUAUGAGCGGAUCCAAGACCGGACCUGUUGCAACUUCGUGUACGUUCUGGAUCUGCGGAGUUGCACGUGGGAGGCAGUUCGGACACGUGGACCGGCUCCGGAUUGGCGCUCUUUCCAUGCCUCUGUGUGCCAUACCUCGUUCCUGGAUGGCAAAGACUACCUGGUUACCUUUGGGGGCACGAACGAGCACUGCGAACCGUUGUCAGGAGGAAGCCUUGCAGAUAUGCGUGGCUACCAGCUGGACCUCACAACAUUCCAGUGGCAUCGAGGCCCAAGCAGCGGCCUUCCAGCCGCCCGGCUUCGAUUUGGCGUGGCCCGCUGGGGCCGUCACCUUAUCAUCCAUGGAGGACAUGGCACCGUGCUCAGCACUCGAAAAGGCUAUGUCGCACGCCUGAACCUGCAUACCUUGAAGUGGGAUGAACUGUGCUUCUCCAACGAGCCACCUGCGCUGGCGCCUUCUGCCUUUGAAACAGGCUCGCCGCAGGCUGGUAUCGUGGUUGGGGGAGCUCAGCAGUCGCACCGUGGCCCUCGGAUACUCCAGCGACUCGUCGUCUUCCGUCUGCGCGACGUCGAGAUUCCUGAUGAUGGGCAGCUGGCUGAUGAGGCACAGCCGUCCGGCAACGAGGAUAGCUCCUCGGCGGGAGAGGCAUCAAAAAAGGAUAAGGGUCGCAAAGCCGUUGAAUAG